CAAAAGAAAGACGACUCGAACAAGGACAAGGACUACAACAAGGACUUGAACAUCGACGUCGACCAGAAUAAGGACAUAGAAAAUGUUCAGAAGAACAACGACAAAGAUGCUAAGCACGACGAUAAAGACGAUUCGAAGAAGAACGCUUUCUCGUCCGGCAACAAGUCGAAGCAGUAUGGCUCUUACUAGUCGAUUGAUACUUGUUUUCGCUGGACAGAGCGCGGUAUGAGUGUUAUUGAUGUGGACUAUGAUAGGCUCGGACUCCACUAAUUACGUACUACUUAACGCAUGUUUUAU